GGAGGGGCUUCCUCGCCCCCACCCCUGUAGGCGAAGAAGGCCGGGAGGGAAGGCUUCCAAGAGGGAAAAAGUUACUUUACGCCUCUCUCUAAUGCUUCUUCUACUGUUACACAAUUGAACGAGAGGCACGGCCCUCCUACUGGCAGCCGGUUUCCAAUCUAGUCGGCCGCAGCGGAGACUUAAACUUGAUUCCGAAGUGAAUCGGAGGAAGAAGUGGUGCAAGACUUUUGAAAAACUCUGAAAAAAUGGAAACUGUUGUUCGUCGCUGCCCAUUUCUGUCAAGGGUAUCCCAGGCUUUCCUGCAAAAAGCUGGCAAAUCCCUUCUUUUCUAUGCCCAGAACUGCCCUAAAAUGAUGGAAGUUGCGACCAAGCCUGCUUCACGGGCCCUGAGUACUUCAGCUGUUCACUGUCAGCAAACUGAAAAAACCACUUCUAGCAGUGAACAGGCCAAAAAUUCACCAGAUGUGGCCCAACAAAACAUGAGCAGAUCCCAGCUUCCUGUAAGCCACCCACCUGCUGCUAGCCAGAGUGCUAGCCAAGCCACUGUGACUAAAUGUCCAUUCUUGGCAGCUCAAAUGAAUGAAGCAAAUAGCAGUGUUUUCUGCAAAGCCAGCCUGGAACUCCAGGAGGAUGUGGAAGAAAUGCAAGCUGUAAGGAAAGAGUUUGCCAAAACACCAGAAAAUACUGUUGAGGUAAACACUAAGAUGGAUGGUGAAAAGCAGUCUGACUUGCUGAAGAAAUUCCAGGAUAUUAUGUUGAAGCAGAGACCAGAAAGAGUGUCUCAUCUGCUCCACGAGAAUUUGCCAAAAUCUGUUUCUACUUUCCAAUAUGAUCAAUUCUUUGAGAAAAAAAUUGAUGAGAAGAAAAAAGAUCAUACAUACCGUGUGUUCAAAACUGUGAAUCGAAGAGCCCACAUUUUUCCCAUGGCAGAUGAUUGUUCAGAAUCUCAUAUCAGCAAGAAAGAGGUGUCUGUCUGGUGUAGCAAUGAUUAUCUUGGGAUGAGUCGUCAUCCUAGAGUUUGUGGGGCUGUUAUGGAAACACUGAAACAACAUGGUGCUGGAGCAGGAGGCACCAGGAAUAUUUCAGGAACUAGUAAAUUCCAUGUUGAUCUUGAGAGAGAAUUGGCUGAUCUUCAUGGAAAAGAUGCUGCUCUGCUGUUCUCCUCUUGCUUUGUAGCUAAUGAUUCAACACUCUUCACACUAGCCAAAAUGUUACCAGGUUGUGAAAUUUACUCAGAUGCAGGAAACCAUGCUUCCAUGAUUCAGGGGAUUCGAAACAGCAGAGUGCCAAAGCACAUCUUUCGCCAUAAUGAUGUCGGCCAUCUUCGAGAACUACUAAGAAAAUCAGAUCCGUCUACUCCUAAAAUUGUUGCGUUUGAAACUGUUCAUUCAAUGGAUGGUGCAGUCUGUCCACUAGAAGAGCUUUGUGAUGUGGCUCAUGAACAUGGGGCAAUCACCUUUGUAGAUGAAGUACAUGCUGUUGGACUAUAUGGAACUCGAGGUGGUGGCAUUGGAGACAGAGAUGGAGUCAUGUAUAAAAUGGAUAUUAUCUCUGGAACACUUGGCAAAGCCUUUGGCUGUGUAGGGGGUUAUAUUGCCAGUACAAGUUCUCUGAUAGACACUGUCCGUUCCUACGCUGCUGGCUUUAUUUUUACAACAUCCCUGCCACCCAUGCUUUUAGCUGGUGCCCUCGAAUCUGUGAGAACUCUCAAAAGUGCAGAGGGGCAAGUCCUUCGCCGUCAACACCAACGCAAUGUUAAACUAAUGAGACAGAUGCUGAUGGAUGCUGGGCUCCCUGUAGUGCACUGUCCCAGUCAUAUCAUUCCUAUCAGGGUUGCAGAUGCUGCUAAAAAUACUGAGAUCUGUGACAAAAUGAUGAGCCAGCAUAGCAUCUAUGUCCAAGCAAUAAACUAUCCCACUGUGCCACGCGGGGAAGAGCUGCUACGUAUUGCCCCCACCCCUCAUCAUACACCACAGAUGAUGAACUAUUUUAUUGAGAAAUUAUUAGCUACAUGGAAGAAAGUUGGCCUAGACCUUAAGUCACACUCCUCAGCCGAAUGCAACUUCUGCAGGCAACCCCUUCACUUUGAAGUAAUGAGUGAAAGGGAAAGAUCCUACUUCAGUGGAAUGAGCAAACUUGUGUCUGCUACUGCAUAAAGCAGACUAUAACAUCAUCUAUGUUUAGUUGUCUAAUGUUCAGGUGUUCACUGUAGCCUUGUACCUGCAUAUUCCAUGCAUUUUAUUCUGUAGUUUAACAGAAUUCCUGAAAAUAAACUUUAAGAUAGUG